UACUGUUCAACAUCCGGUGUGUAGUAAAACGCCGAGUUGAACCAUUGAAUUCGAGUCGUUCGGAAUCAUCGUUGGAAAGUCGCUCGAUUCCCGCCAUUACGUGCUUUUUCUACCGUGUAGCAAUUCGAUUACCGGAGGAAGGCACGAUGACGGACACCCAAUAUUCAAACUACCAGCAACAGGGGUACAAUCAGUACAGCCAGCCACCACCUACUGGUGGUCAGGAUACCUCGUAUCCGCCGCCUUCUAGCGGUGGUGGCAGCUAUAAUCAAUAUAGUCAACCUCCACCAAAUACUGGAAGCAACUAUAGCAGUUACAACAGUUACAAUUCCAGCGGUGGGCAAGACUACAGUCAGCCGCAGAAUCAAAACAGUUACAACCAGAACAGUUAUGGCAGUGGAGGUGGUUCUGGAAAUAAUGGCGGCAGUGGUGGCAAUUAUAGUGGAAGUUAUGGACAUGGAGGUGGAGGUGGAGGAGGAGGCAGUGGUGGUUAUAAUCGCAAUAGCUCUAGCGGAGGCUAUGGUGGAGGCCAAGGAGGCGGUGGUGGCAGUAGAUAUGGCGAUCGCGGGGGAUACAAUGACCGCUCUGGCGGUGGUUACAACAGUGGCGGUGGCCGUGGUGGUUAUAACAAAGGGGGCUACGGUGACCGUGGUGGUGGCAACGAUGGAAUGGUUACACAAGAGGAUACUAUAUUUGUAUCUGGUAUGGAUCCAUCUAUCUCCGAGGAAGAAAUUUGCCAACAUUUCGGGGCUAUUGGUAUAAUCAAACAUGACAAGCGAACCGGCAAACCAAAAGUAUGGAUGUACAAAGACAAAAAUACGGGCAAAUCAAAAGGCGAAGCCACCGUAACUUACGACGAUCAAAAUGCAGCGCGUUCAGCUAUAAGUUGGUUCGAUGGAAAGGAGUUCAAAGGACGUACUAUUAAAGUACAAAUUGCCCAGCAUAAGAGUAAUUGGCAAGGUAAUCGCAGCGGUGGGAGCCGCGGUGGUGGCGGUCGAGGCCGGGGAGGAGGUGGCUUUGGCGGUCGUGGGGGUGGUGGUGACCGAGAUGAUCAUCACCGUGGAGGCGGUGACGAUAGACGUGAUGGAGGUGGCCGAGGUGGAGAUUGGAGGUGUCCGAAUCCGGAAUGCGGCAACACUAAUUUUGCUUGGAGAGGCGAAUGCAAUCUCUGUAAAAGCUUGAAACCUGAAGGUGCUGGAGGUGGUGGUGGCGGCGGUGGCGGUGGUGGUGGCGGCGGCGGCGGCGGUGGGGGACGAGGAAACCGAGGAGGUGAUAGAGGUGGUCGAGGAGGAUUCAGAAGUGACAGGGGUGGUCGUGGCGGUGAUAGGGGUGGUAGAGGUGGAUUCCGCGGUGGAGACAGGGGAGGACGUGGCGGUCGUGGAGGUCCGAUGAGAGGAGGCGGAGGACGGGGAGACAGAGACAGGGAUCGUCAACGUCCUUAUUAAGCGUAUCAAAAAAAAGUGAUUGCUCAUAAUCGCUAAAUUUGACAUGCUGUACACAUUUUGUACACAGUUUCGACGUAAUGUACAUUAAUCGCCCUUAACACUGAAGUCAUGUGUUACCGACUCCAUUAUCAUCGAUUUUUUUCCUCGUACAUUUUUUAUAUUCAUGAAGAUCGAUGCAUGGACACGUACUUUGUGUUUUAUAUAUAUACGCAUGUAAAUGAUUAUAUAUAUACAUAUAAUCGUACGUGUAAAGUUACGUUUUAAUAAAUAAGACUUUCGCCCUCCCCAUUU